CGUGUGUCGGCAUUCGCCGAAACCCCAAAGUUUUGGGCUUGUCAUUAUUUAACAGUGGGGUCUAGAUCGACUCUUUCUCCACAACCCCCAUGUCGUCCGUAUAUCCUCGCAAGGCCUCGCCACCCAUGGCCGAUCCCGUGGACAUUCCGGAAAUCGAGAAUUACGUCUCCCACACUCUCAAGACGACGAAGCCGUUGCCUCCCAUCACUUGGAGCAACCUGCUGAACGAACUCAACUGGCUCAAUGUGGCCAUUCUCACUGUUACGCCCGUCAUGAGCAUCAUUGGUGUCUGUACGACUAGAUUGCGAUGGGAGACGGCGCUUUUCUCUGUGUUUUACUACUAUUUCACGGGGCUUGGAAUUACGGCGGGUUAUCACCGUCUCUGGGCCCAUCGCUCGUACAAUGCCGGAAAGCCAUUACAGUACUUCUUGGCUAUUGCUGGUGCGGGUGCCGUCGAAGGGUCGAUCAAGUGGUGGUCCCGGGGCCAUCGUGCUCACCAUCGCUACACCGACACCGAACUCGAUCCUUACAACGCCGGAGAGGGCUUCUGGUACUCUCACAUCGGCUGGAUGCUGCUCAAGCCCCGCCGCAAACCCGGUGUCGCUGACGUCAGCGACCUCUCCAAGAACGAAGUCGUGCGCUGGCAACACCGUCACUAUCUCACUCUCGUUGCUGUCUUCAGUUUCGUCGUCCCCACGAUCAUUCCUUGGCUUUUGUGGAACGAUGCGCGCGGUGGCUAUUUCUACGCUGGCUUCGCCCGGCUCUGUUUCGUUCACCACUCCACCUUCUGCGUGAACUCUCUCGCGCAUUGGCUUGGCGAUUCUCCGUUCGACGACAAGCACAGUCCUCGUGACCACAUGUUGACUGCGUUUGCUACGAUUGGCGAGGGUUACCACAACUUCCACCACCAGUUCCCGAUGGACUACCGAAACGCGAUCAAGUGGUACCAGUACGAUCCGACAAAAUGGUUCAUCUGGGUCUGCCAGCAGCUUGGCUUCGCGACCCACCUCAAAGUUUUCCCCGACAACGAAGUUCGCAAGGGCCAGCUUACGAUGCAGUUGAAACGUCUUCGCGAGACACAAGAGAAGCUGGCGUGGCCAACAGAUAGCAACGAUCUGCCUGUUAUCUCAUGGGAGUCCUUCCGAGAACAGGCGGCUAAGCGACCGCUCAUUCUCAUCGCUGGCUUCAUCCAUGACGUAGCCUCGUUCAUCGACGAGCAUCCCGGUGGCGCGCAUUACAUUGUCAAGUACAUUGGCAAGGAUGCCACCACAGCGUUCUUCGGGGGUGUAUAUGACCACUCGAAUGCUGCUCACAACUUGCUGGCAAUGAAGCGUGUCGGUGUUUUGCACGGUGGACUACCUCAGGGCGUGGACGAGCACGCUAUCCCUCCCUCACAGCGGCUGAAGAUCGCGCGGUAUUCUGAGCUCAGUUCACCAAAUUGCAGCAGCGCUGUCUCUGACAACGAGGAGGGAUUGUUGAACUGAUUCGGGCGUGGCAAAAUAAUACACAUUCGUCAUUCAUAGAGCGUAGGAGCACUGGGGUGUUGUGUUGCAAUGCAAAUGUUCUUG